UUGGCGUCAUUGUGUGUUAUAUGACGUAAACAACCUGCGCCUGAAAGAGGAAACUAUGAUGGCCGUAGCUCAAGCGAAGCUAGAGAAAGGCGGCGAGGAUUACUCUUUGCUACCUUUAGUUCAUGAUAUUAUUAAAUGCAUGGACAAGGACAGCCAGGAUAUCCAUCAAGAACUGCCCAAACUGAAGACAAAGAUCCAGGAGGCUCGGGAGCAGAUCUCCAACAUGCCUGGGAUAGAUAGUAGUCCGCUGGCUCAGCAGCAGCAGCUGGCCACGCUCCGGGAGCAGGUCCGUACCAAGAACCAGUUGCUACAGAAAUACAAAAGUCUGUGCAUGUUUGACGCUCCGAAAGCAUAAUGACAAUGAAGACAGACCAAAGAAAGACAGAGAGGCAGUCGAGGUCCAGGAGGGACUUGUUGUUUACAUUCUAACCAGUGGAGCAGAGGAACCCGAGAUUCAGAAAUACGGGAUUAAUCUCCAACCGAACAAGGACUAACGUUACGUUUCAUCGCAGUAAAAGAUGUUUUGGAACAUCAUGUUUUGUCGUUUUUGUGUUAGUAUCAUUAAAAACCUGGCUAUGUGGUAUUUUAUUAGGUGUUUAUUUGUGUGUCGCUUUUAUAUCGUGUAACAGGCUAUUGUGUUGCAAUAAAGGGAACUGAUUAAGAACGAA